AUGCAUAUGACAGGGUACGCAUUUGAUACCCUUGACAGCUUGGAGUUUUGGAGUCGAGACUUGGACCGACCUUUCUCCACUCCGAAGGUACUCGGUAUCCAGAGGUAUCGCGAUGUAAAAUACCACAAGCUCUCGAGGACAUACCCGAGAUGCAGCUUCCAAACCGGAGGAGCAAGAGGAUGUGAGAUACGCUGUGUUCUACGUGUUCAACAGUGCCGUGGUGGGAUCAUUGAUACCCAAGGGAACAUCACGUUGCCGAUUUGCGGAGGGAGCUGCCAUGGAGAUUGACAACAAGAAAUUGCAGAAUCGAGGAACGAUCCCGCUGCAGAAGGUGGCAUGA